UACACUAGGAGAGGCUACUGAAGGAAACAUUAUCAAAGGAAGUACUGCUCUGCAGGCUUAUUUAUUUGCUUGAGUGACCAACGAUGCAACAGGGCUAUGCAUAUCCGCAAGUGUUCAUGGUGGAUGGAAAUCCAAACCUCAAUCCCUAUGUGCAGGCACCAGUCUGGACUCCGCCCACCCUGAAGAAGAGGAGAAAGUGUGACUGCAAGACAGUGGGCUCCAUCCUCAUUCUGAACUUGGUUCUACUAACUCUGGCAUGGGUUGCACUGGGGACGGUCUAUUUAAUUGACCUCGAAAAGGAUAUCAAAGAGAUAAAAGAGGAUAAUAGAGCAAAGGGUCCACGUGCAGAGAAAAUUAUUGGAGUUAAAAAUGUGACAGAACCACCCAGGAAUCUCAAAGCAGCUGCACAUCUAACAGGCUCUUAUCAAAAUAAAGGUUCCAACCCACUCACGUGGCAUGACCAUCUGGGCAAUGCCUUUACCCGGGGUGUCCUAUAUAAAGACAGAGGUCUCAUCGUCAAUGAAACUGGAUUUUUCUUCAUAUAUUCUAAGAUCUAUUUCCGAGCAUUUAAAUGUGAACUAAACAAGAACUUAGAGCACAUCAUGUUCAAACGAACAGAUCGCUAUCACAAAGACUUGAUUCUCAUGGAAACAAAGAAAACAAGCUAUUGUUCAUCGAAUGACAAAGACUGGGCCACAAGUAGUUACCAAGGAGGAAUAGCAUACCUUUCCAAAGGAGAGUCACUUUAUGUUAAUGUGUCAUAUCCCAAGUUAGUUGAUACUGAUGAGUCUAAAACUUUCUUUGGAUUAUAUAAGCUUUAACACAUUCGCUCAUUUAUAUAAUAUUAUUUAAACAGAAAUUCAAAGAAUGUAUUCAACUCACACCAGCAUUUAAGAUCUCUACCCUUUGAUUGAUCCUUUCUGUUUCCAAACAGGAAAGGAUUUGGGAAAGCAAUCAAUUUUGUUUUAACUGAGGCUGAUCUACUCCACAGGAUGGAGGAGUGGAUAAGGACAAGAAGGAGGACAGAGCCAUUUCUGUGGCCAUGAUUCAAUUAUUCAGUUGAUCUUUUAACUAUUAAUUUGUCAACAGUAACAAGAAGAUUAUUAUACUCAAAAAUUGUUGUUGUGAAUUUAAAAUAUUAAGGUUGAAUAUUGUUCAACUUCAGAAGAAUUUAUACAAGCAAAACACAGAUAUAGGCAAUUCAGAAAAGGUCUUUUAUUUGACCUUCAGACUCUGUUGAACUGAGAGCAACCUAUUGCAUUUUAGUGAUUACAACACCAUUUCAGAAAUCUAGUUAAAUUUGAUAUGUGUGCAAUGGAUUUGGUUGUGAAUGCAUUGUAAAAUAUUCAUUUUGAAGGCGGAGAAGCUUCCCUGAGAAACAUACUGUUGUGUGCAUUAUAUGCAGUCUCAUUGAAUUGCUCAUUUGAGAUCUUCUAUUCUGGACAAGGGUAUCUGUUAGAGCAUAUCAAUGUCCUAGUGGACACCACCUUUGAUUUUACGUCACUUUGAAACACAGCAGAUUUUGAUUUUAUUGGUAACCAUUUUUAUGAUGAAAAAAUUUGUGCAAUACUAACUUACCUAAUUGCAAUGGUAAUGUGUAGAUUUUAUAUUUUUAAUUUUAUAUAUGACAUAAUUUAUAAAUAAAUAUCA